AUGAGCUCCAACGCCCGCCAGACCGACGUCGAUGGCGGCGUGCGCCGAGCCGCCCUCUUCGCGGCGUACGAGAACCGACAGCGUGUUGAGCCGGCACCAGUCAAACCGGUAGCAGUGUCGACGAUCUCAACCUCUACAGGUCCACAGGCGUCGACGACGCAAGCUCCGGCAGCACCGCGCCCUGUAGCAGCUCUACCCACGCGGUCCGCACCGCCGGUACCCGCCUUUGUACCCCCCGCCGCUGCGCCGACACUAGCCGCCACGACUCCUGCCGCACCGAUGCCCGCAGCGCCGAUUCAAGCCGGCCCCAGCCUCGUGCUCAACAUUGGAGGGCCCGGGGGUGCCGAAGCAGCGGGCACAGCCCUCGCGGCGCACAUCCUCCGCUCGAUAGGCGCCGACUUUGCCAUCCCCGGCUUGUUGGCGGGGGUGUCUGCGGCGUCGGUAGAGGCGAACGCAGGCUCGGAGACGAAGGCGAGACCCGGUUCGAUGCCGGCGGAUGGGCCUCCUCCUGCAGUCUCGCCGCCCCCAGCGGCUGCAACCCGAGCUACCGGUGCCGCCGCUGGAAUCGGGACUGCCCCGUCAGUGGCACCACCCACGCCGGUUCCAGCUCCCGUCCCAGCCCCAGCACCUCUCGUCCCCGCACGGCCGACUUCCAUGGCUCAGGCCACGCCAGUUCCAGUACCGCAAGGCGUACCGCCAGUCGCCGCGACGACUUCAGCAUCGACUCCAUUCUCUUCGGCGCCCGCACGUCCCGCAUCGCAGGCAACGGUAUCGCAGGCAGCCCCACCGAGCAAGCCAUCUGCCGCACCGGUGGUCCCCGCGCGGCCGAGGUCGAUCGCGGCGGAACCUCCGGCGGCGAUGGUGUCUCGAGCCCCGCUACCCGGCCUUCCAACCUCGGCCUCGACGCCAACUACGUCGCCCGACACGCCGACGUCGAGCUCGACCACUACAGCGUCGCGAGCACACUCUUCGGCUCCCGUGCGCAAGCCCCUCCCGACUGUGCCGCAGGCCACGCCAUCCCGGCCGCUCUCAGUCGCUGGGAGUGGUGCUGCGUCGUCGUCGUCGCCGGCAGUAAGGCCACUGCCCACGCCGCCGGGUGCGUCGCCGACAAGCCAUGGGCCGCAGCCUACGGGGAAAGGGCCGUCGCCGACCAGCCGCAAGCUGCCUGAGCCCCCUGUAACCCGAGCCAGCGCCGAGAACACGAUGUCGCCCGCACCUUCUGCGCAGGCGACCUCCCCACCAACGACCACGACCACCAUCCCGACAGGUGACUUGUCCUUCAGUCUCGGCACCGCGUCACCAGCGACCUCACCGCCAAAGCCCGCGUCCCGCUCUCCCAAGCCUCCCCAAGGCUCCUCCAUCCCCCCCGUAACGUACGACGAUGUCGUGGAGCUCGCUGGCGGCGCGCCUGUCCACACAGUGACCACGGAAUCGGGCAAGCCUAUGUUCUUCUUCAGCGCCCUCGAGGCGUUCAACAUGCCCCCUCUCGACAACCCACCUCAGGCGUCGAGCUCUGCGGCAGGUACCGCCAAGCCCCGGGCUCCAUCGAGCGACUUUACGUUUAACUUUGGCACGCCGUCGUCUCCGCCACGGGUGCCGGCCAGUGUGCCCAGCGACGGCAAGGCUGUGCUCACGGCUGAGGUAACCCAGCCGACGGGUAACGGUGUCGGUGCGAGCGCUCUCAGUGAUACGCCCGGAGGCGGGGCUGCGGCCACUAACCACACUCCUGUGGCCGUGAAGCAGGCCAGUGGAGUGCCGAAGACCGCGACAGCGGUGGGUACUGCCAUUGCGGCCACAGCCAUUGCUACAUCGGCAAUCGCGACGACGUCGAGCGCGAGUUCAGGCAGCAGGGAACCUGCCGCCGGUGUUCCACCGCCAACCAGCUCCCCAACUGCUUCAGCCGCGGCGCCGGUAGUGGCCGGCACCGCCACGGCCUCACCAUCCAAUGCCUCUGCUGCCACUACUGCCACUGCAACUGCACCCACCGCCACUUCUCUUCCUCCAGCCCCUGUCGCUCCGGCCUUAGAGGCUAAAACAGCCCCUACGGCAUCGGCGGCAGCGCCGACUCCCGGACCUCCCAUUGACCGAUGGAAGGACGACGAUGCGCGGAUCCAUGCGCGCUUCCACCCACCGAUGAGACUCCUACCCCGUGGAGAUUGUUCGCGUAGCCAAAAUCCCGAAGACUACCAUGAAGAGUGGGAGCUUGAGCCGCACCCGGAAUACGGCUACCCACCCCCACCGUGCACUUUGCUGAAGAAAAACCGCUACUUCCCUCAUUCGUCUUACAGCUUUACGCGGAAUCCACGGCGGACAGGACUUUACGGACUCUCCCGCGACCGUGCUCUUGACCCCAAGGCUCGGACCAGGCCGCCAAUGAGACUACUCCCAAGUGCCUGGAGCAACAUGUACAACUCAUACGUCGAGGAUUAUAAAGACGAAUGGGAAGUUCCUGUGCCCGAGGGAUGGGGCAGCCGGCCAAUGCCCCCAACAGUAUACCUCAAGGAUCGGCCUUACUGGCCGAUGGAUUGGCAGGGUGCGCCAGCUCCUGCAGAGUGGGAGCACACCGUCCCCAAGCCCGGGCCGAAGCCCUCCCGGCCACCGCGGUUUCGAUAUCCGCCCCCUGUGGUCUUUGCAAGGACGAAACAAAAGGAGCCGGAGAGGGCGCCGGAGCCCUCCACAUUGUCGCAAUUGCGGGCAAGAAGUAACUAG